GAUAAGGCUAAAUUAACAAUAUAUGCAACUGGUACUUAUCCUGUCGAAAGCGAAGAUCACAAACUAGAAAUGGUCUUAUUCAUUCCGAUAAACGAUGAGGAGAGAGAUCCCAACACACAAUCGAUUUUCAAAAAAAAUGAAUUUUAUUGU